CACAUCACAACAGGCGUUGAGAGAUUCGGGUUAACGGUAUAAAGACGUCAGUAUCUCCGGGAACGAAGCGGUCCGAGACCAAUUCUUGAGUCACCAUGGAGAGAAAGCCGUGUGAGCCGCCAUGUUGAAGUCGGGCAAACUGAAGCUAGAAAGGCUAUCUUGGAUCUUUGCCAGUCUUGGUUCUGAAGGGAGAUUGGCUGGAGGGCCCAUAUACCUUCUGGGCAAAUGAUGUCAGGCUGGUGGUCUGACAUGUCAUUAACGGGCACUGCUUUCGUCCACUUGUGGCAGAGUAUGAGGGACGUCAGAUCGGCUGUCUUAAUUUACUGUGGUUAUGAAUGUGGCACGGAUGGAUUCAGGGCGCCCCGAGGAGCUGUGGGAGGCCGUGGUGGGGGCUGCUGAGCGCUUCCGGACCCGGACGGGCACGGAGCUGGUGCUGCUGACCGCCGCCCCGCCCCCGCCCCCGCGCCCGGGCCCCUGCGCCUAUGCAGCCCACGGCCGCGGGGCCCUGGCCGAGGCUGCCCGCCACUGCCUCCAGGACAUCGCCCUGGCCCACAGGGCUGCCACCGCUUUCCGGCCCCCUGGGCCCCCACCAGCACCACAGCCGCCCAGCCCUGGAGGGAGCCCGCCACAGCCUGCACUGCCCAGGGAGGAAGACAAGGAGGACGAGGACGAGCCAACAGAGACGGAGACCUCUGGGGAGCGGCUGGGGGUCAGUGAUAACGGAGGGCUCUUUGUGAUGGACGAGGAUGCCACGCUCCAGAACCUGCCCCCCUUCUGCGAGUCAGACCCUGAGAGCACAGACGAUGGCAGCCUGAGCGAGGAGACCCCCGCUGGCCCUACAGCGUACUCAGUGCCCCCGGCCUCAGCGCUGCCCACACAGCAGUAUGCCAAGUCCCUGCCUGUGUCCGUGCCUGUCUGGCCCUUCAAGGAGAAGAGGACAGAGGCACGGUCUUCAGAUGAGGAGAAUGGGCCGCCCUCCUCGCCGGACCUGGACCGCAUCGCGGCUAGCAUGCGCGCUCUGGUGCUGCGGGAGACCGAGGACACCCAGGUCUUCGGGGACCUGCCGCGACCGCGACUCAACACCAGCGACUUCCAGAAGCUAAAACGGAAAUACUGAGGUGCAGAGAGAGAGCUUCCCGGCGUCCACCCCGUUCUACACUACACCCCCGCCCCGCCCCCGGGGACCGCCAAUCCGAGUCAGAUCUGGGACCGGCCUCCAAGUGUGUUCCUGGAGGCCCAGGAUUGACCAGUCCCUGCCAAUCCCCGCAGCCCUUUAUUCUACCACCCCUUCUCCGUCAAGGAGUAGGACCUAUCCAGUUUCCCGAUAGGGUCUGUCGCCUCUUUUCUGCCCAGCGACAGAUUCUAUUAAGGGACUGGCCCUCUCUCCAAUCAGCGUGGCUAGUUCUCAGCACUAACUGCGUCGACUCGCAUCGUUUUCUGCCUAGCGACAAGGGCUUUGCUCCCACGGCAUUGGCUCCAUCCCUGGAAGAGCACAGCCAAGCCUCAAGAUUGGUUGCGGCGCUCCACUUUGGUAAAUGGGCAGCAGCUUUUGAUUGGCUCGAACCCUGAAGGUCUUGACCAAUCAUCUAAGAAACACCAUCGCCCUUCCUGAGUUCUCCUACCUGAUUGGAUCCAGCCUCCUGGGGGCGUGGCCAAGCCCUUUGUGUGCCCAGGAUUGGCCUGUGGCCUUAGAUACACGUUCUUUACACUAACUGGGGCUGAAGUUGUUUUUACUGAGUUCUCUAAACUGGUCUCUCUGGCCCCCUCCUCAGGGAUGGCCCGAUCCUGUCCCUGCGUCUACAACACUCAGUGGUUCCAUCCCAUAACAGCCUGCCAAUCGAAGCCCGUCCUUGUAUACAAGACGUUACCAUCUCCCACCCCUCUCUCCUUCCCCCACAGGUGCCUUAAAGGGCCCUCGUCCACCCAAGGUGGGGGGCAGGGGCCCUCACUCUCCGGCCCUGAUGUUGGGGGGGGGAGAGUGGAGGGUGGGGAUCGCGAGUUGGGAGGGGCGCUG